AUGGUCACGCAGAGCAAGUUUCCGAGCAUGAGCCGGGCGCUGGACUCAAGCCUAAGGCUCAAGACCUUCUCUUCUCGCAGCGAGUACAACCUGGUGCUGAGCGCGGUCCAUAAACUUCAGGAGAGCGGAUUUUAUUGGAGCACGGUGACGGGGAGUCAGGCCAACCUGCUGCUCAGCACGGAACCCGCCGGCACCUUCCUGAUCAGGGACAGCUCCGACAACCGCCACUUCUUCACCCUCAGCGUCAAAACCGAAUCCGGCACCAAAAACUUGCGCAUUCAAUGCGAACCGUGCGGAUUCUCCCUACAGACUGACCCACGCAGCUCGCAACCGGUGCCGAGGUUCGACUGCGUGCUGAAACUCCUCCGGCAUUACAUGCCAGCCAAAGACUCCGCCAACAGCAACAGGCGCUGCUAUUAUAUCUAUUCUGGUGGCGAGCGCGUCCCGUUGCUUCUCUCCAGGCCGCUGAACUCCAGCGUCUCCUCCUUGCAGCACCUUUGCAGGAAGGCGGUCAAUGGACAACUGGAAGGCUUCGAAGCUCGAGAAAAGCUACCUCUGCCCAUCAAAGACUUUCUCCAGGAAUAUGACUCUCCAGUAUAA